GGUGUCGUGGAGCGUGGGAGAGGAAGAGGAGCGGUUCGACUGGACUUGACAGAGGAUGUGGGGUAGUAGAGGCCGAAGUCCGUGGCGGCCACGAAGCCGCAAUUUCUCAGAUUUGAAGCCAAUAGGCCUGGAUCGUGAACUUUCGCGUCCGCAUGACCAUGGUCCGGUCACGCCAAGGCAGGGUCCAGCGGGCCGCCUUACCGCAACGAGUAACGGAGCCACUGGUACCCCACACGACAAUUGGACUUGCACCUCUUCCUUCGACGCGCCGUUGCCAGAUCUUGGAUUAUUGUCAUCCGAACUGGCUCGUGUGCUUCCGUGUGACUGACGCUCGGACGGCACUACACCGACACGCGACGGCACGACGCACCGCGGCCUACUUCGGCUGUAACGCAGCACACGCAGCAUGGCCUCGGGCUUCUGGGGCUCCAAAGCUGCUCCUCCACCACCGCCGCCGCCGCCCGUCCACCCUUCCUCGCCCCAGAUAGACGCCACGACCAUCGUCUCCCUCCUCUUCUUCGUGUCGCUCCUCGGGGCUGCCUACGCCGGCUCGGUCCGCCUCCUCCCGUCCACUUCCACCAAGAAGACCCGCGUGCUUUUCGUCUGGCACCUGUUCGAUGCGCUCAUCCACCUCUUCUUCGAAGGCUCCUUCCUGUGGAACUGCUUCUUCGUGAGCUACAGUCUGCCCACAAGCUUCAAUGCUGCGGCCAAGAAGCACCCCCGGAUCAAGCUGUUGACGCCGCCGGACGUGUACUGGCUGGGACGGGAGGACAGGAUAUAUGGCGCGAGCUAUGGCGAGGGCCUCUUUUCGAAGCUGUGGCAAGAGUACGCAAAGGCGGACAGGCGGUGGGGUGGGACGGAUCUGGGCGUCGUGAGUCUCGAGGUGUUGACUGUAUUCGUGGGCGCUCCGUUGGCCUUGUGGAUCUGCUGGCUCCUCCGACGCGAAGAGCGCAAAGGUGCGCUCAAGCGCUGGUUCUGGAUGAUCAUGCUCGCAACCGCCGAGCUCUACGGAGGCUGGAUGACUUUUGCGCCCGAGUGGUUUACGGGGAGUCCAAAUCUGGACACGAGCAAUUGGAUGUAUCUCUGGCUCUACCUCUUCACCUUCAAUGGCCUGUGGGUCGUGUUUCCCGUGUGGAUCUUGUACGAGGGGUACGCUGCUAUGAGCUCCGCUAUGAGCCAUGCCGAGAUGGUGGAUUUGGUGAAUUAUCUGAACAAAAAGGCCUGAUGCACGCAUUACGCCUGGAAAGAAAUGUGUGGGUGCAGCAGUAGGCGAGAUGCGGAGGUUGACCUGAGGAAGAAGAGAGGGUCGAGGAUGAAGGAGAGAAGGAGGGAGGAGUCGAUGCAUAGCACCAGCGUGAUGGAGACGCCUUUUUGCACAGAAGUCGAGCAUGCCUAUACCCCUUUCGCACCAAAGCUCGCACCUUACACUUACUGCUUGGACGCUUGACAUAGACUCUAGUCUUCUCGCCGUUUUCAGCGCGUACGACACUUCUCUAAGCGCUUCUUUCCUGUCCCGAAUUCUUUAGCUGAUCCUCCGAUUUUUGUUCCGGUGUCGCGUCUGCAAGUCGACCGCCUACCAGAACCCCCCACUAUAUCACACCCACCCGCACACGCGUGUGUAGACCAUGUCUUUUCCCCUUAGCCCAGCAUUGUCUCUUCACCACUCUAUCCUGUAUACAACGCCAACGAAUCAG